UAUAUCAGAUAUGAUGUGGAUCGUAGCAAUUUUAUUGAUUUGAUGGAAUUAAAAUUAAUGAUGGAGAAAUUAGGAGAACCACAAACUCAUAUUGGAUUAAAAGCUAUGAUCAAGGAAGUUGAUGAAGACCAUGAUGGUCAAAUUAGUUUCAGAGAAUUUAUGCUCAUUUUAAAAGAGAGUCGCGAUGGCACUUUAGAAAUAGAAGGUCUAAAAAAGAUAGCAAAUACUUGUGAUGUGACAACUGAAGGAGUUAGUGGAGCAAAGAGUUUCUUUGAAGCUAAAGUUCAAGAGCAAGCAAAGGGAGCUAAAUUUGAGAAGGAAAUUAAAGAGGAACAAGAAAGAAAACGUAAGGAAGCUGAAGAGGCUGCUGAAAGGAGAAAGGCUUUCAAAGAGAAAGCAUCCAUGUUUAAUUAA